AUGAGAAGCAGUGGAAUCAAUGCUGAUAUGGUUUCAAUGGUCAAUGUUAUCACCGCUUGCACCCUUUUGGGAGAUUUAGUAAAGGGUAUGUCUGUUCAUGGUCGCAUGAUGUCCUAUGGCUUUGUUUCAGAGCUUCCUGUAAUGAAUUCUCUGAUAACAUUGUAUUCCAGAUGUGGAGACAUGUGCUCAGCUAAUAUAAUAUUUGAUGAUAUAGUUUGUAAGAGCUUAGUAUCUUGGACUGCAAUGAUGUUUGGGUAUUUAUGCAAUAAGCAGCAAAGAGAAGGGCUUCAUUUGUUGAUUAGAAUGAGGAGAGAAGAAACUUUUUAUCUUGACUCAGUAACUCUGGUAGGUUCCUUAUCAUCUUGUAGUGAGCUGGCUAGUUUUGAGCUCUGUAAGGAACUCCAUGUUCAUAGCUUGAAAUCAGGUUUAAUAUCAUAUGUUGAUGUGCAAAAUAGUUUGAUGAUUUCAUAUGGGAGGUGUGGUUAUGCUGAUAUUGGUUUUAGAGUAUUUAAGGAGAUGAUUUAUAGGGAUGUUGUGUCAUGGAAUGCUAUGAUAUCUUCAUAUGGUAUUAAUGGAGAAGGAGAAAAAGCAGUUGCUCUGUUUCAGGAGAUGGAGAGAUGCGGUGAAGAGCCAGACAGCGUCACAUUUGUAAAUGUUUUGAACGCUUGUAGUCACUCUGGGAUGGUGGAUGAAGGCUUGAUGGUUUUUGAAAAGAUGUUGACGGAGAAGAGAAUCAGACCAAGAGGAGAGCACUGUGGGUGUGUUGCGGACAUGCUGGCUCGUGCCGGUCGGUUGGAGGAUGCCAAGAAAGUGGCGGAUAUGAUGCCGUCUUCGAGUGUUUGGAAGGCUAUGCUCAGCGGGUGCCGGAUUAAUGGUGAUUCUAGGCUUGCAGAAGUUGCGGCAGGAAGGGUGUUUGAGAAAGGUUCGGAGGAUGCGAGCCAUUUUGUUCUGCUUUCGAAUGUUUAUGCCUCAAUGGGGAGGUUUGAUCGUGUUGAGAGUUUGAGAGGUCAGAUUGGAAGGAAGUGUUGGGUUAAGAAUAUUGGAUUUAGUAUGGUUGAUAAUGUGCAACAUGGAGUUGUUUAA